AUGACCUGUCUGGGCUGCAGGGUCUCCUACUGCGAGAGACACCGGUCCGGGCACAUGGUGGAGCACUGGACCGUGGAGCCCGGGAUUGACUUGAAGAAAAACGUGUGUCACGUGCAUCACCGGACUGUCAGCCUGUACUGCAACACCGACAGGCAGCUGGUGUGUCCGGUCUGCGCGGAGAAGCUGCACACAGGCCAUCAGAUCAUCUCUGCAGAGGAAGAGAUGGUUAGAAGGAAAGCGGUGAUGGUUGCAGAGCAGCAGAAUGUGGAGACUCUGCUGCAGAAGCACAAGAGAACUCGAGGAAAAAUCCAGCAAAAAAUCAAGAAAAUGAUCACAGACUCAACCGUGGACUUCUCCAAUCGGGCACCAGAGUACUUUAUACUCUGUCGGGCGCUGUUAAAUAAUGCUGGGGUAGCACUGACGUGGUUCCUGCAGCAGGUGCAGGUCAACAACAAAAGAAAGGCGCAACUGGAGCAGGAGGUGGGAGAUGUCACCGAGCGGCUGUCUGAGCUGGACUCGCUGUCUCAGAUCAAAGACCUUGUGAGAUUCAAAAAGGUGUAUAAAGCCUUCUGCCAGGAAAAACCCAAAACCUACCCAGAGAUACCAACUCUGUAUACUGUCAAAGAACUCACCGAUUUAAUGAGAGAUGUCUCGGAGAAGCUCAGUAAGACCAAAAACCUCCCACUGUCAAUCUCUCUCUCUCCAGUGUUGUAUUACCAGCCAAUCACAAGGGAACAGUUUAUGAGAUGCUACGUGGACAUCCAGCUCGAUCCAGACACUGCCCAUCCAUGUCUCCUUCUGUCAGAGGACGGUCGCAAGGUAACUGUGGUAAAGAAGCCGCAGAAAUACCCAGAUCACCCGAAAAGAUUCAGCCAUGCCCGACAGGCCCUAGCAAAACUGUUGCUCUUGCACUCCUACUUUGAGGCGGUGUGGGAAAAGGAACCAAAGAUCUUGGGGUUUGCAGACCAGAGAAUCCAUCGAAAGGGAGAGGGGCAAGAAUGUGUCCUGGGAAUGAACUCAUGGUCUUGCUUUCUGCGCAUGGACUCCUCAAAGACCACUCUUUGGCACAACAAAGAAGAGGUGACGAUAGAGACUUCGCACAAGGUGAACCGCGUGGGCGUUUUUGUGGAUACGUUGGCUGCGAGCAUGUCCUUCUAUGACGUGGAUGACGGAAUGCGCCUGCUCGCCAUGAUUCAGACAAAUUUUGCUGAGGUGUUUGUCGCAGUUGGAUUUCCUGAUGAAACUCCUAAUAGUGUAGAGUUUGUGAAGCCCAACUAG